CCAGGCUGCCGCGUGCCCGGGUGCCCGGCCGCACGCGCGCCCAGGGACCGCGCGCCCCGGGAAUGUAGCGGCACCUGGCUCGCUGGCCUGAAGCUGCCAAUGAGGGCCUCGGCCCUGCUCGGGAUGCUGCUGAUGCUCGCGCGGCCCGCGCAGUGCACACG